AUGGCCUUGAGCUGGGCUGUGCUCACCCUUCUGCUCCUGGCUGCCUGCAGCAUGCAGCUUGGUGCCGCCUUCAAGUGCUACUCCUGCCAACAACCCACCAUCAUCUCCUCCUGCAGGAAGAUCACCUAUUGCAAACCAGUGGACACGGCCUGCAAGACCACCAUGGUCAACGUGCCAUCGGAGUACCCCUUCAACGGGAAGGCCAUGGUGACCGGCUCCUGUGCCAGCUCCUGCGAGGCCACUGACCCUGACAGCCUGGGUGCCUUCAACCCUGUCUUCUGCUGCUUUCAUGACCUCUGCAAUGCGGAAAAGGCACUGGGGGUCAGGAGAAGCAGCAGGCAGGGUAGUGUGGCCACCACCUCAGGACCCCAUGAGCUCACUCAGGACUGGGCCUCCCACAAACACCUGAAGCGGACCUACCUGGCCCCUGCCGCUGUGCCUGCCACACCCUGCCGGAGCCGCCAGGAGCCUGCCCAGGGCCUGACUGGCAGCCUCAUGCAGGGCAGAGGGCAGAUCUUUGAAGUCAAGCCAACCCCCAACCUCUACUUCCAGCAGAGACAGCAGGGAGGCCGGGCUGCCCACUGGGGACCCACUGGCCCCACCUGA